AUGGCUCCACACUUCCAUAGCAGCGAGUAUUCCAACCUCUACCUGUCCACCAGGGAGAAGAACAAACUGAGAAAGACGGCGGUGGAGAAGAUGCGCAGAGAUCGCAUCAACAGCAGCAUCGAGCAGCUCAGGAAGAUGCUGCGGUCAGAGCUCCGCCAGCGGGACCCCAGCGGCAGGGUGGAGAAGGCCGACGUGCUGGAGCUGGCGGCCAGCUUCCUGAAGCGGUCUGCCACUGCUGCGGGGGCUCGCGGUGAGGGCCGGGACGCUCACGGUGAGGGCCGCUCUCAGUGCUGGAGUGACGCCCUGCACUUCCUGUCUGCCUGCCCCAAGGGACAUGCUGCAGUUCAGCAGCUCCUCCAUUUCCACAGCAGCCAGAGGGACACCCCGGGGUCACCCCCCGAACAGAGCCUGGUCCCAGGGAAGCAGGACAACUCUGCCCAGCCAACCCUCUGGAGGCCCUGGUAA